AUGACCCUCGCAGUGUUGCCUCCCAUGCUGUCCAGAACCACCAUCUCUCGCACAGUUCCUUCUUUCAUGCGCUCUGCUAGUUCUCGUGUUCCCCGUGGCCUCUCCGCCAUCCUUCAAAAGAACCCAGACGACGUUGUCAUUACUUUUGCCAAACGCACCGCUGUCGGUCGUGCAAAGAAAGGCCAACUGAAAGAUACACCCGUCGAUGAGAUGCUUCACGCUCUGCUUCUCGCCUCGUUUGCACAAACCAAACUAGAUCCGUCCAAAAUUGACGACAUUUGUGUCGGAACAUGUCACCCACCUUCUCCGUUAUAUGUCUCUCGAGCUGCUGCUCUUGCUGCUGGGAUUCCAAACACGGUUCCUAUUUCCACCGUCAACCGACUCUGCUCCUCCGGACUCAUGGCCAUAAGAAAUAUUGCACAUGCAAUCCAAUCGGGCGAGGCUUCGCUUGGCCUUGCCAUUGGUGUAGAGAGUAUGAGUCUUAAUCCUCGUCCCACUCCCGACGUAUGCCAAACAGUUGGACAGAAUGCUGAAGCUCAUGAUUGUCUUCAACCAAUGGGAUGGACGUCCGAAAUGGUAGCAGAAACGUACAAAGUGUCUCGGGAAAAGCAAGAUGAAUAUGCUCUUAUUUCUCACACACGCGCCAAUGAGGCAAAGGCUUCCGGCACAUUUACUGAAGAAAUUAUACCAAUAAAUAUCCGUGGCACCACAAUAUCCGUUGACGACACAAUUCGGCCCGGUGUAACGAAAGAAAGUCUUUCCGGCUUAAAGCCUGUUUUUCCGGAUUGGGGUGCAGCUACAACUACAGCAGGAAACGCAAGUGGUGUAGGAGAUGGUGCCGCUCUCUGUAUCCUUACCACGAGGGAGCGAGCUGAGAAGGAUGCCAUGGAAAUUCUUGGCAAAUGGGUUGCAAGUGCUGUCGUUGGGGUUGAACCAAGGCAUAUGGGCAUCUCGCCGAUAUAUGCUAUACCCAAACUGUUAGACCUCGUAGGACUGACAAAGGAAGAUGUCGACGUCUAUGAAAUCAAUGAAGCUUUCGCGUCCCAGUUCGCGUACUGCGUGGAAGAGCUUAAGGUUCCCAUGGAGAAGAUUAAUCCCAACGGGGGUGCCAUUGCCAUUAGCCACCCGCUAGGAAUGACUGGCACUCGUCAAGUCGUGACUGGUUUGGCUGAAUUGCAGCGAAAGAACAAGAAGAUUCUUGUCACAAGUAUGUGUGUUGGAAGUGGUAUGGGUGCCGCAGGAAUGUUCGUGAACGAGGCAAAGAACCUCGGAGGGAAACUCUAG